AUGCCCGGGUUCGCAGAUUCGUUCUGGACCCCAGAUUACGCCACGGGUCUGGGGGUCCUGUACGGCAAGCUGCAGCAGGGGAUCGUGGAAAACAAGCAGAUACUUACGAUUGCGUCUAUGCGCGCGGAUGCUGAGGAGAUAUACAGCUCGAAGCUGGGGGAUAUCGCACCGACUGUUGACAAAAUGAUCGCGGGGUUUGCGAAGGAUGACGGAGCAAGCGUGAGAAAGGCCUACGGAGGAACUCGUACCGAGAUGGUUGAGGCGUCGAGGAACCACAAGAAGAUAGCGUCAAAUAUCCGGGAAUUAGUCGUUUCGCCGUUCAAGCGCUGGUGCGAUCAACAUGAGGCACGGAUUGAGAACUCUCAUGAUGACCUCCAGGCUCGGAUCAAGGAGCAUACCAAGCAGGUAGACCUGGUGAAGAAGCUGCGGAGCCAGUACUUCAACAAAUGCCGUGUACUUGAGGAUCUGGAGGAAGAGAACAAGCUCGCAUUUCAGGCGCCGGAAACUAGCCCUAAAAUCAAGCCGACACCCAAAAUAAUCCUACCCGACAAAGAGCCUGUGGAGGAUGAGCCGGUGGAACUCGGCGACCGGGUGUAUACUCCAGAUGAUCUGAAGAAGCUUCUCGUGCACAUGCUAGAGACUAUCCCUCAGGGUGAGAUUAAAGUGCCUAUUAUUGGCACUUACCAAAAUACGUCGACUGGUGCGGAUAUCGUGGAAUAUACCCAAAAGUACUUGAACGCGACUAGCAUCAGCUACGCCGAGAGAAUCGGGCAGGAUCUCGUCGACAAUGGCUUCCUCCGGUUAGUGGGAAAUAUGGGCAGCACAUUUGCCAAUAGCUCUAAGUUGCGUUACCAGUGGCGUUCCAAGUGUUUCCAGAUCUCUGGCAUACCGGAGAAGACGACAGCUUUGAUGCGUGUGACCUCUGUCGCGACCAGCGAGGAUGGUAUUGAUUCGCCUAUUUCCUCUGUCUCUGAGAUGCUGGCUGGCUGGAAUCCUCUAAAUAACCCGCAUCCAAACGAGACACCGGCGGAGAAGCUUCGCAGGGAGGCUCGUGAAGCUGAUGAACGUUACAAGGCUGCUGUGCGGAAACUUGACCUCAUCAGGUGUAAGCUGGAGGAGGAGAUUGUUGCAAACCUGCGGUUUAUGGAGCAAUGUGAGCUAGACCGUCUAAAGGCGAUCAAAGCCGUUGUUCUUGAUUUCUCCGGCGCUAUCAGCAAUGUCAUUCCAAACCUACAAAGUACUGUGGACCACAUGAUGCUCUACCAAGAGACUAUUCAGCCUCUGGGAGAUCUUAGGUAUCUCCUUGAAAACUAUAGAACUGGUGGAUUCAUACCUAAGGUCCAGGCCUACGAGAACUAUUAUGGCUCUGUUGGAGACCAAAUCUUUGGAGUCGAUCUUGAGGCUCGGGCAAGGGCGGAUCGCAAGAGAGUGCCAGUUAUUGUGACUACUCUCUUAACUUACCUGGACAACUGCUACCCAGAACUUGAAGGAGACGAGUCGAGACGUGCAAUUUGGCUUUAUGAUGUUCCAUUAGGAGCGACCCACCACCUCCGUCACGCCCUCAACAACAGGAAAGGCGAUUUCUUUGAAGUGCUUCAGAAGUAUGAGAUUCCGGUCGUUGCAAGUGUGCUCAAGUUAUACCUCCUCGAAUUGCCAGUAUACGAAAUCAUUAAGACGAUUUAUUCCACGACUGCAAACGAGACCACUGAAGAAGGACGCGUUAAAGUACUGCAGAGCACCCUCGGUCAACUUCGUCUCAACAACAUUGCCACGCUUGAUGCUAUUAUGACCCAUUUUACGCGUUUGAUAGACUUGACAUCGGCCGACGAAACCUAUGUUUCUGCCCUUGCCCAAUCGCUAGCUCCCUGCAUCCUCCGUCCCCGUAGCGAGAACAGCCUUACAAUGGAUGAGCGUCAUAGUUACCGCUUGAUCCGCGACCUCUUCGCCCACAAGGACACCAUUUUCGGUGAACUGAAACGCCAGUCCAGUGGGCUUGUUGGUUCCGCACCCCGUCCGCGCGCAAUCAGCACAGAUGAAAGCAACCGCCGGGCCGCCAUGGAAGCCCGCAACAGAGCCAUUAUGGACCGCAGCCGCGCCCACAGCCCAGCUCCUCCGCGCAAACAUCGACGUGACCGUUCCAGCGGCCCAGAACCAGGCCGAUUCCCAAUCAACGUCUCUGGCUCGAAAACCCCAACAACUACCAGAAACAGCCUAGAGGUGCCCGGUAGCGAUUCGCCCACAGGCGCAGGGGCUGUUUCAACCGCUGCUACAACCGCUGACGAGCUCUCCACCGUGAACAUCCACUCCCCCGAACCCAUCACAAACGGCACUACUGCCCCUAGCCCUGCCACCGCCGAAUCCUCCGUCGUUCAAGAACCUCCUUCCGAACCGACUGGGUCUCCUAGUCCCCCGCCGGAAACUCAAUCGGACGACUCUGCCACACCCACCCCGACACCUCACGUUGAGGAGUCCAGUUCCACCACCAGCAGCCUAAACCGGAGCUCCAUGUCACGCUCCAGCGGCAUCCACACCCGCAAGCCGGGUCUCGGCAGCCGCUCCAGCUUUCCUAUCAUUCAUGGAGAAACAAACACAGACAGCAAGCGAAGCAGUAUCGCUGAGAGCGCUACCGAGCUCAAGGGUGUCACAUUAGAGGAUAAGCCGAUGGACGACUAA